AUGCAGCGUGCGCUCAAGGUGCCCGCCUUCUACUAUGUGGCCGGCUCGGCGUCGCUCGCUUCGGUGGCCAUGGGCAGCGUCAUGGGCUACUCGGCUCCGGCCCUGGCUAGCAUGGCAGCCCGAGGCGUCCACAUGACGCGCUCCCAGGAGACUUGGUUCGGCUCGGUGCUCGCCGUGGGCGCCCUCGUGGGCAGCCUGGUGAGUGGCUUCCUCAUCGAACGAUUCGGACGCGUGCGGCCCAUCCAGCUAUCGUCGCUAGGUUUCGUGGGCGGCUGCCUCUGCAUCGCGCUGUGCAACGCCAGCCUUCCGUGGAUGUUCGUUGGCCGCGUGCUCACCGGCUUCUGCUGCGGUCUCGUCUCGCUAGCGGUUCCCGUAUUUGUGGCCGAGAUCAGCCCACCCCACGUUCGAGGCCUCCUGGGCUCCGGCGUGCAGCUGGCCAUGACGCUGGGCGUGCUGGCCGUAUUCGUGAGCGGAAAGUGGCUCGACUGGCUGGCGCUCGCUCUGCUGUGCACCGUGUGUCCCGUGCUCAUGGCUGUCGCUAUGGCGUUCGCCGUCGAGUCCCCCCGCUGGCUGCUGUCUCACGGCCGACGCGACAAGGCGCUCGACGCUCUGCGCUUCCUGUACGGGCCGAAGAUCUGCGCCGAGGCCGAGUGCCUGACCAUCGAGUCGAGCAUACUGCGUCAGCCGACUGCCAUCGGAGACCUGUUGCAGCGCAGCUUCUCACUGCCGCUCGCCUACACGCUCCUGCUCAUGUUUUUCCAGCAGUUCUGCGGCAUCAACGUCAUCACCUUCUACGCAGUCAAGAUCUUCGAGUCGUCCGGCUCGGAUAUCUCGGCCGCCGACUGCACGAUUAUGCUGGGAGUGGUGCAAGUAAUCGCGUCGCUCGCAGCGUCGCUACUCAUCGACCGCGCGGGUCGCCGCUGCCUCAUGCUCGUCUCCUCCCUAUUUGUGACAGCCAGCCUGACGGUGUUGGGCUGCUUCUACUACUACAAGGACAUGGACAAUGGCGAAUUCCGCCAUCGCUACCGGUACGUGCCACUCGCGUCGCUCACGACAUACAUUGCCGCCUUCUGUCUCGGGAUCGGUCCGGUGCCCUGGGUCGUUAUGGGCGAGAUCCUGUCACCCAGAGCUCGCGGUUUCUCCACCGGCGUUAGCACAGCCUUCUGCUUUUUCUGCGAGUUCCUUAUUACCAAGGAGUUCCAGGACCUCGUCCACCUAUUCAACUUCUACGGUCUCUUCUGGAUGUUCGCGUUGGUCACUGUUCUGCAAGUAAUAUUCAUCUACACGUGCAUUCCAGAGACCAAGGGGAAGUCCCUCGAAGACAUCAGUCAAAUAUUUGAGAGUCCUUCAAGAGUUCGGUUCCAGCGCCACUCAACUGCAUCCUGUUCCAACUACGCCCUCCUUCGAGGGCGUCAAAGGGUAGGGAAGGUCCGCAGAAGUCGGGCCGACUUAUCCAACGGCCGUGAUCUAAACUAG